AUUGGUUCCUGCUGUGGCGGCUGCAUGUGAAACGUGUGUGUGUGUGUGGAUUUAGAGCAGACUGAGGCCGAGCUGUUUCAAUGGCCGUGAUGUUAUGCUAAAGUAAUCUCAAAACCAAGGUUUCCCGAAUGGAUAGUUAAUGGUAGGCCUUCGCAGAUAUAUAAAAACAACCAACAAUGACUUUGCCAGAGGUCUUUACGUUGGUGUUAUUCUCCGGGAUGUUGGUUAUACGGCCGUUACCAACAUUAGCAUGGGACGCAGACUUGGAGCUUUUCGACCUAGUGGAGGAAAUCCCACAAACCUUCUACGAAUUCCUGUCUGUGAAUCACGAUGUAUCUUCCUCUGAGAUUAGGAAGGCAUAUAGAAAACUCUCUCUUACAUUACAUCCAGAUAAAAACAAAGAUGAAAAUGCAGAAACCCAGUUCCGACAGUUAGUUGCCAUCUAUGAGGUUCUUAAAGAUGAAGAAAGAAGACAAAGAUAUGAUGACAUCCUGGUUAAUGGGCUGCCAGAUUGGAGACAGCCUGUCUUCUACUAUAGACGUGUUAGGAAGAUGAGUAAUGGAGAGCUGGGCUUCCUCCUCUUCCUCAUUCUGACAGUGGGCCACUACGCAGUUAUAUGGUCCAUCUACCUUGAGAAGCAGUUGGAUGAACUUCUGACUAGGAAAAAGAGAGAGAAGAAGAAAAAACAAAGCAGUAAGAUAACAGAGGAGAUUAAGUCCUUGGCACAGGAAAAAAGUGAAAGAUCUGACAAGCCACACUGGCAUGACAUUUUGCCUCUGAAAUUAAGCAUUUGGUUAUACUAUUCUGUGAAGUCUCUCCCUCAUAUAAUACAGGAUGUAAAGCAGUAUUACAAAGAUUAUAAGGAAAUGAAAGUAAAAGAAAAGGAGGAGGCAGAAGCUCUGGCAGAGCAGGAAAUGCAGCAGAAAGAAAAACGGCCCAAGGUGAAGAAACCUAAAGUAGAGUUUCCAGCCUAUGAACCCAACACAGAUCCAGCUUUUGUGCCUGCAUAUGAUCAGGGAACAUCUAUUGAAGAUAUUGAAGAUCAAAUGGGUGACUGGUUAGAGGACAGAAAGCAGCAGCAGAAGAAGAAUGCUAAUGAGUGGACAGAGGAGGAUCUCAGCCAGCUCUCUCGCUGCAUGGCCAAGUUUCCUGGUGGAACACCGGGACGGUGGGAGAAGAUUGCUCAUGAAUUAGGCAGAUCAGUGACUGAGGUCACAGGAAAAGUGAAGCAAGUCAAAGACUGUGUCACCAAUACAUCAGGGUUGGUGAAGCUUUCAGAGCUAAAGAGCGGUACUGUGAUAGCAAAGAGUUCCAGAGCCAUCACAUUGGCAGACAGUCUGAUGACCCAGAGAGAGGAACCCUUAGAGCAGCAGCUGGAUGAUUUAGAAGAGCCUGUUGGGGGAGAGGACUCAGAAAGCAAAACCCUGAGAAGGCGACAAAGAAAGUCUGUAGCUGGAAGUGCUGGAGCAGUGGAGGAGAGAGUGAAAGGGCGCAGACAGAGGGAUUUUGACCCCACAGCUGUAGAUGAAGACAGUGAAGAUGAGAAAAAAACAUCAGCCCCUAAAGAAAAACCCAGUGCUGUGUCUGAUGACGUAUGGACACAGAACCAGCAAAAGCUCUUGGAGCUGGCAUUGCAGCAAUACCCACGUGGCACCACUGAACGCUGGGACAGGGUUGCUAAAGUGGUGCCUGGAAAAACCAAGGAGGAGUGCAUGUCCCGAUACAAACUGUUGGCAGAGCUGAUUCUGAAAAAGAAACAAGCCAAGAGCUGACUCCAGGUCCUCAGUAUUUCACCUCUCACCUGCUUAUAAUGUGCCUUAAUUAUGCAACCUGAAGUCCUGUUGUCAAUGUGCCAUAUUCAGCAAAGCCUGAAACUUCAGCAUUACUCAUUGGAGAAAUUCAUAUUUGAAUUAUCAUAUGAAACUGCCCAUUUAAAGAAAACAUUUUUAUUUAUUUUAGAAUCUUUUUGAGGUUGUAGAUUUUUUUGUUUCUCUAUGCAACCAGACAGUUUGAGGAGCAAAGAGUCACUUUUAAUGUUUGUUUUUCUUUCCUAUUUUGUCUUCUUGAAACAUUGUUUUUCAGAAGCACAGUGUGUUGUGCUGGAAUCUUUUAGGUCAUGUUACAACAUAAAGUAUUUGCAUACUGCAUUUAAGUUGU